AUGGGUGAUAUCCUACCAGGUACAUAUGUGCUGGUGCACCAGGCCACACAACAGGCUCUUGAUCUGAGUAGGAGCAGCGGUCAACUUAUCGGCUACGAAAGGAACGGCAGCAAACAACAGACUUGGACGGUCGAAUCAGGCGAAGAGCCUGACACGUACACUAUUAGAUCCGCCGGUGAAGUCGGCCAAGAAACUCAGUAUAUCGGUUCUCAAAUCCCUUUGCCCUUCCCGGUAUAUGAGUCUGAUGCAGUUCGGAAUACAUUCUGGAAGGCUACACCUGUCGGGCCGGAUACAUAUAAAUUCGAGAACGAUUUAGACAAACGGGUACUCUCUCUAUAUGGUACAGAGAAUGAGAAACCUAUCACACUUGAUUUUGAUCCACAAAGGCCACAAGGAUGGGUCCUCUACCCGGCAGAGAACUAG